AUGAACCAAGAGAAUCAAAACAAUAAAAAUGGAAAUGAUAACCAAGUUUCACAAGUAAAUGAUAAUGAUCACUCUGACUUUGGAGUGAAACCACCAGUGAUCAUUCCACAAAGUAACCGGACUGAAUUUACCAAACACUUCCAGAGUUACAAUAGUCGUUUGUUCCAUGUUCCCUACUGUUAUUUCCUACCAAACGAUGCAAAACAAGUAGCUCAAGCUUUGAAAUAUGCCCGUCACCAUGGUCGUCGUGUCACCAUAAAAUCUGGAGGCCACUCUUGCGAAGCAUUGUCAUCGGCUGAUAACACCGUUGUCAUUGAUAUGUCAAAAAUGAAGUCAGCACAACUAGACUUACUUACUCGUCAGAUAACAGUAGGGUCUGGUGUAAAUUGGAUUGAGUUUUACAACAAGACAGCUCCACAUGGAUUGGCAACAGCCGGUGGUUCCUGUCCAACUGUCAACGUUGGUGGACUGAUUGGGGGUGGCGGAGCGAACUACUUGUCGCCGCGUUAUGGAUACGCCUGUGAUAAUGUAGUAUCAAUGACUAUAGUCACAGCGGAUGGACGUAUUCGUCAUUGUUCAGCACAUCACCAUAGCGAUCUUUUUUGGGCUAUGCGUGGUGGAGGACAUGGAGGUCUCGGCGUAAUGGUGGAUGCUACUCUCCAACUUCAUCCAAUAGAACCAAAACUCUACAUAAAUAGUAUUACCAUUCGGUUUGAUGUGCUCCAACAAGCAUUGUUGUUUAUUGAUGAAUACUCGAGAAUCAUGGACCAAAUGAUCUACCUGAAUGUGCAUGCUGGAAUGAAGCUAGCAAUUGGACCAUCCUCCGGAUAUGUUCGUUGCAACUUCCUAUACAAUGGUGAUCCAACAGUUGGUGACACAGAGUUUAGAAAAUUCUUUGGUAAAUUCCAAUCGGCGGUACCAAGUAUUACCACUAAUUUUAAUGCAACACCAAUUAGUAUCCUUCAGAUUCUUGCUAGUGGGCCAGAUACACCGAUUGCUCGUUCCUACACUCGUGGCAGAAUAAUGGAUAAUUGGACUGGAUUAAUGGCAGACCUCUUGGUAUCUAUGUUUGAAAAUAGCACUGUGCCAACUAUGACCAACAACACUGACAUCACAGCCAAUAUUUUCUUUGAAAUGUAUUUUCAUGGUGGAGAAAUGCAGGCCAAACCUAGAAACUACAAUGCUUUCGUACAUCGUUCUGCGCAAUGGUCGACGUCCAUUUCACUCAACUAUCAACUACCAGCCAACGAUGAAAAAGCUACAACUCAUCAAAUUUAA